AAACAAGCGCAAACCUCGCAUCAUCUUCAACAUGAGUCGCUACUCGCCACCUUUUCCUAAUAUCUAACUUCUCUCCCCCUUAGAAUCCUCACUGCCACCAAGAGUUCAACAUCGUCAAUAAAAUAUGGCAUUCACAGAGUUCAGGCCGCUGGCCGAGAAAUCUUUAAUUGAGUACAUUAAGGCCACUUCUGUUUUGUCAGAUAAGAUCGGUAACAAUUUCGGUGACUUGAAGAUCAAAGAAGUCGGUGAUGGGAAUCUAAAUUUCGUCUACAUAGUCGCUAGCCCAUCUGGGUCUUUUGUCAUCAAGCAAGCACUUCCAUACAUACGAUGUAUUGGAGAAUCAUGGCCAAUGACAAAGGAAAGAGCAUAUUUUGAGGCUUUGGCACUCAGAGAGCACGGCCGAUUGUGCCCGGAAAAUGUGCCUGAAGUUUAUCAUUUUGACCGUACUAUGUCUGUGAUUGCUAUGCGAUAUUUGGAGUCCCCACAUAUAAUCUUGAGAAAAGGGUUGAUUGCUGGAAUUGAGUAUCCCUUGCUAGCAGAACACAUGUCUGAUUAUAUUGCAAAGACUCUUUAUUACACUUCGCUUCUCUAUCGUACUACCACUGAGCAUAAACGUGAUGUUGCUGAAUUCUGUGGGAAUGUGGAGUUAUCCAGGCUUACUGAGCAGGUUGUUUUCUCUGACCCAUACAAAAUAUCUCAAUAUAAUCGUUGGACUUCCCCUUAUCUUGACCGUGAUGCUGAGGCUGUCCGUGAAGAUAAUAUUUUAAAACUCGAAGUUGCUGAGUUGAAAUCCAUGUUUUGUGAGAGAGCCCAAGCCUUAGUACAUGGAGAUCUCCACACUGGUUCUGUCAUGGUUACCCAUGAUUCUACUCAAGUUAUAGAUCCAGAAUUUGCAUUUUAUGGUCCAAUGGGUUUUGAUAUUGGAGCUUUUAUUGGAAAUUUGAUUUUGGCCUUUUAUGCUCAAGACGGGCAUGCUGAUCAAAUGAAUGACCGAAAAAGAUAUAAAGAGUGGAUUUUAAGGACAAUCAGAGAGACCUGGAGUCUUUUCUACAAAAAGUUCACUGCACUCUGGGAUGAGCAUAAGGAUGGCUCUGGUGAGGCAUAUCUUCCAGAAAUUUAUAAUAAUCCUGAGCUUCGGCUGCUUGUACAGAGAAAAUUCAUGCAAGACUUGCUCCAUGACACCUUGGGAUUUGGUGCGGCUAAAAUGAUAAGGAGAAUUGUUGGCGUAGCCCAUGUUGAGGAUUUUGAAUCAAUUACUGAUGCUAGCAAACGAGCCAAAUGCGAGCAGCAGGCUCUUGACCUGGCGAAGAUGGUUCUCAAAGAAAGGAAAAAAUUCCAAUCCAUCGAUGAAGUUGUAUUAGCCAUUCAGCAGGUGCAGUGAUGACAUGCUUGGGGGUAAAGUUUGGGUAUAAAUAAUGGAGCUUUGGUUGAGCUAUUUUCACAUUCACCUCGGAGUAAAAACGCAUGUCACCGCAACAUUAUAUCAGAUUGUAAUUUUCCUCUAAAGGAAAAGAAAUAAAUCUGCACUCCUCCCCUGUGAGAGUAAUUUUAUAAUUUUCUUGGAA